AUGUGCUCUCACUCGCGCUCUCUCACGCACUCUCUCACGUGCACUCUCACGCGCACUCUCACUUCCACGCUCUCUCUCUCUUGCACACUCACGCGCUCCCUCACGUGCUCUCUCACGCGCUCUCUCACGCGCACUCUCGCGCGCACACUCACGCGCCCCUUUACGCGCUCUCUCACGCGCUCUCUCACACGCACUCACGCGCACACUCACGCGCACACUCAUGCGCACACUCACGCGCUCUCUCACACGCACAGUCAUGCGCACACUCACGCGCACACUCACGGGCACACUCGAGCGCCCCUUUACGCGCUCUCUCACGCGCACUCUCACGCGCUCUCUCACGCGCACUCUCACGCGCUCUCUCAUGCGCACUCUCACGCGCUCUCUCACGCCCUCUUUCGCGCGCUCUCUUGCGCUCUCUCUCAUGCGCACUCUCACACGCACUCACGUGCUCUCUCACGCGCACUCACGCACUCUCUCACGCGCUCUUUCACACGCUCUCUCACACGCUCUCUCAUGCGCUCUCUCACGCGCACUCUCACGCGCACACUCACGCGCUCUCUCACGUGCACACUCUCGCGCUCUAUCACGCGCGCUCUCACGCACUCUCUCACGCGCUCUCUCCCGCGCUCUCCGCUUGCAUCCCCCCUCCGUGCACACGCCCACUCCCUUCCACUUGCUCACCCAGUCCCUCACAUGCUCCCACUUGCUGCCCACCCCUUCCCCAAUUCCCAGACCAUGCGCGCCAAGCUCACUGAUUUCGGCCUCAACAGAGACCCCUUCGCCAGGGAGAAUGGCACAAGGGACGACGGAGCAGGGAAUGGCGCCAAGGAUGGAGUGCGGGAUGGAAGGAGAAAUGGCGCAGGGGUGCAAGCGGGGAGGCAAGACGCAGAGAGACGAGACGUCAGGGGGGCUGAGAUGGUGGAGGGGAGAGAGUAUCUCCACACACACCAGCUGUCGCCUGUCGUUGACGUAUACACCGUUGGCGUGCUCGCCCUCAUUCUGCUCACAGCACGCACUGCCACCGCCGCCGCGCAUCAACACAGGGACAAUGACAGAGGGAUUGACGGAACUGGAGAGAGGCAUAUAGACGGACACGUGGAUGGACACGCAGACAAACACACAGGCCAACACGCGGACGAAAGAGCCACUCUUAUACACUGGGUGGCCUCUCUCCUCCCCGCCCAAAACCCCGCAACCUUCACCGACCCCUUUCUCUUAUCCCCCUCCUCCUCCUCCUCCUCCCCACCUCCCAACCCGCGCUCUCUGCUCAGACUGGCAACCCUCGCGCUCUCCUGCACGGCCCUCCCGUCAACCUGGCGCCCAUCCGUAAACCGGCUCCUUUUCGAGCUCAUAGAAAUUAGAGAAGAGCUGCUUGGAGCGGCGAGGAGCGAGGCGCUAGGGCGAGUGGACAGGGAGGUAGCAGACAUGCAGGGGGGGGACUUUCUUGUAGAGAUGGCCCAAGCGGAAUCUCUGGCGUCGGGAGCGAGCGUGAGUGGAGGGACAGGGGCUUCGUGGGCUGUCACGAGUGUUAGUGGCGGGGCGGGGGUGAGUGGGGGGGUGAGUGGGGGGUGGAGUGGAGCGGUGAGUGGGGGGGUGAGUUGA